AGAAAAAGAAAAAAAAAAUCUGCUCCUUCUUCUAUUCUGAAUCUGAAAACAAUUUCCUUUCCUGUCUCAAGCACACAGAAGUCUGAGUAUAGAAGUUCGGCUGUUUAUAAAUACAUAUAUUUUCAUUCAAUUCUCAGCAGAAUUCCAUUGGUUCCUCUCUUCUCCGAUUAUCCAGAGUCGGUAUUAACUUAUACCUUGACUUAUUUUCAUUAUAAAGUAUUUCCAUGGAAAAGCAAUUAACAUCAAGAGCAGUUCCAGCUGAGAGGAGAGAAAGACAGCGCCCGCCGAUUCCAAAGGCAGCACCUUGGCUUGUUUUUCCGCACGGAAAAGGUAGGAAAUUUCAGAGCUUUUAUAAUCCAUGCGAACCCAAUAAUAGAAACUGUGUAAAAUCUAUACCGGAGAUGCGAGGAAGAGCAUGUUAUCACAAAAGUUGUCAUCAAGGAUGGCUAAUUGUUAUCGGUAAUGUUGAUAAUACUGAUCAAUAUUCAGUGGCUAACUCAAAUUUAGAUGAUUGUUUCUUGUGGAACCCUGUGUCGUCCGAAACUAUCCAUUUACCUAAGCUCGAUCGUCAGUCUUUUCCUACUAAACAAAUGUCAAAAAAAAUAUUUUCUAUAUGAUUUAGUGUUAUCCUCACCACCUCUUCAAACUACUGUUAGUUUUACUAGUAAUCCCACCCACGAUGAUGACUGCACGGUAUUCCUCCUUUUAAGAGGUAUAGAUAAUUUAGGUUGUGUUUAUGACUAUGAGCACAUUCUUGUUUUCUGUCGGCCCGGAGACACACAAUGGAGAAUAAAGGAUUUGUAUGCAGAUGGUGAUUCGUCAGGUGUCGUUGAGUCACUACUUUGCUCUAAUGGUAAAUUAUAUGCUUUCAGUACUAAUAAUCGGGUCAGAGAGAUCGAAAUUAAAAAACUAUGGCAUAAUGUUGUCAUUGAUAAUCAAACCCAAUAUAUUAGAUCAUUGGAGGUACAGGAUGCCGAUUUCACCCUGAUAGGAGGAGGUGAAAAUUUUGAUAUUGGCAUGGCUCAAUGGGUUGAAUCUGGUAAUGAAAUCUUCAAAGUUCAUUUAAAUUGUAGCAUCAGAGGUUUUAGAAAAGUUGCAUUACGUAUAUCUUCAAGUUGGAUUUCUCAUCAAUGGCUUGGGUUUUGUUAAAGACUUUGGAUGAUCAUGUUCUGUUCUUGUGCAUAAACAUGGACACAUUAGACUCUAGAAAGUGUUAUUCGACUUCCACAGCAUGUUGCUCAGCAGCUGAUAUGGGUCUUGAAAAGAGGUGCUUGUUUUAUACUCUACCAGAAGAUCAAACCUUGUAUGCAUUUGAAGUAGAAGACGGUGCUACUACAGUUAUCAUGCCGUGCUUGAAGCUUCCAACUCCAUGGUUUUUGCCCACUUGGAUCAUGAUGCCUACAACAGUAAACAGGCACACUGCUGGAAUAAGAAGAAGGAUAACAGAUCUUCUAGUAAGCCAAGAUACAACCAAAACCAGUGUAGAAGUGUAUGUGAAUAACAUGAGCAGGUUAAAGAAUAGUGGAGGAGAAUUAGAAGCGGCAAAACAGUGGGAUUUUCUCAAUGAUUAUGGCAGUACAGAGGCGAUAGCAAGAUAUCUUCACCCAGUGGAUUACAUUCAUUUUCGAUUAGCCUGCAAAAGCAGUUCUGAAUUUCUCCCUGCAUUGAACCUCUUAUCGGCUUCUUCAGCAGCUACAUAUUUAUCUCCAUGGCUGAUUUCCAUCUUUGAAGAUGGUGAAGAGACCAUCUGCGAUAUCAUAGACCCGAUGCAUAAUAAUGACAAGUAUCUUAUAAAAGUUUCUGAUCAAUUGCUUGUAGGUGCUACAAUCCGGUUUUUGGCUUUUGUUGUCUAUUGGUAAAAAAACUGUAUUCUGCUACAAUCCCUUCACAAGAGCAACUAUCCGUCUUCCGGAUGUGCCUGAUGAUUAUGCACUUGGGGGAAUGUCAUUCUCGUCUGUACCAACUUCUCGCGAUUGUGUGGUAAUUGUCAUCUCCAAUUGGUUCCCUUAUUUCAGAA